AGGAACCGAAUAAUCUCUCCUCUCAAACCCUAUAAAUAAUCAAAGCCUAGCCUUCUCUCACUCGCUCACUACAUCUCUCUCUUUCUCUCAUCGGUAUCGAUUUGAUUUCGUUGCGUUUCGAUUCAAUCAACCGAUCCAAAACCAGAGCUCUCGGCUUCUUUUCCUCGAAGGGGUCUUCGACCGAUCUCAGUUUUGUUUGGAAGAUUAAAUGUAUAAUCAAAGGGUGAUUGGAUGGUGUUGUCUAUUGGCCUGUAGACUUGACGUGGGGGAGCUUUUCCUUCUUGACCUUGCGCUAUAGAUGUGGGGUUUGAUGGAUUUAUUCGAUUGAGGCUGUGGUGGGUUCUAUUUGAAGAAAGAUACUAUCAACACAGUUAUGGCGAUGGCCAAGGCGAAUGCAACUCUUUUGCUUCUCCAUGGCGGUUCUUUAGGAUUUUGUAUUUUUGGUUUACUAUUUACAACUGGGAAAUGCGGAUUGAUCAUUGGGCCAAAAAAAGAUCCCAAAGGCUUUUAUGGGAUUGAGGGUUCAUUGAAUCAGGGAUUUAGGUUUUGAUGGAGUUAUUUGAUUAGGGUUUGGGAGGGUUUCAUCCAAGAAAGAUGCUACUGUUCAGAUGCCCUUGUCUAUUGGUUGUUUGAUUAAUUGUAUCCUGGCACAUGUUUACAGAACGGGUAUAAAAGCUGCAAGGAGAGUGAACUGCAGAUUUUGGGUUUGAUUGAUUUCUUUGGCCUGGGAUUCUGUGUCUUUUCUCCAAAGAAAGAUAUUAUGUUGGUCAAACACUAUUCUACCUCGAUAUUUUUUGUUAAUUGUGCCUACUGUACGUGCUUUGUGUAUAGAAAAUCGCUAUGAAAGCUGCAAGGAGAUUUCCGGAGAGGACACAGCGAUCAGUUUUUGACAGAAUCAAAGGAGGGACCGUGAACAACGUCUGUGCUUACUGGCUUGCUGGGAGAUGCACUCGGAACCCUUGUAGAUUCUUUCAUCCAGAGUCACUGCCCUCACAACCACCCAAGCAGUCCCCAUAUCAACAUCCUAAGACUUGGCGGAGGAGUCCAGAAGAUGGUGUGAAGAAUUCAUCUAUUUCGCCCGGUGGAGUGGCUGCUAAAAAGAUGUCAUCUAGUUCACCAAUUGAUUGUGAACGUAAAACUCCAGAAGAUGGUGUGAAGAAUUCAUCUGUUUCGCCAUGUGGAGUAGCUGCCAAAAAGAUGUCAACUCCAGAAGAUCGUGUGAAGAAUUCAUCUGUUUCGCCAAGUGGAGUAGCUGCCAAAAAGAUGUCAUCUAUUUCACCAAGUGAUUGUGAUGAUAAAAGUACUCCAACGAACCCAGACAAGGUGUGCAAGUAUUGGCUUUUGGGCAAUUGUGUACAAGGAGAGAAGUGCAAGAACUUGCAUUCAUGGUUUUGUGGCAAUGGCUUCUCAAUGUUGGCAAAGCUAGAAGGGCAUAACAAGGCUGUUAAUGGGAUCGCCCUUCCUUGUGACUCCUCCAAGCUUUACUCAGGUGGUAAGGACAAUACUGUGAGAGUUUGGGACUGCCAUACUGGUCAGUGCGUUAAUGUGGUUAAUCUUUCCGGUGAAGUUGGAUCUUUGAUUAGUGAAGGUCCAUGGGUGUUUGUCGGAUUGCCGAAUUCCAUAAAGGUGUGGAACAGUCAGACUCAAACUGAACUGACUCUUGAUGGACCAGUUGGGCAAGUUUACGCCAUGGCUGUGGGUAAUGAUGUCCUUUUUGCUGGGACACAGGACGGGACCAUAUUGGCAUGGAAACCCAGUUCUGAAACUAAUGGCCUUGAUCUAGCUGCAUCACUGAAGGGUCAUAGUGGUGGUGUUAUUUCUCUUUGUGUUGGAGCUAAGAGGCUCUACUCUGGUUCCAUGGAUAAUACAAUAAGAGUGUGGGAUCUCAACACCUUCGAGUGUAUCCACACACUAAAGGGACAUACUGAUGCGGUCAUGUCUGUCCUUUGUUGGGCGAGUUUUUUGCUAUCUUCUUCAUUGGAUGGAACAAUAAAGGCUUGGGCUGCUACUGAAAGUGGCAACAUAGAAGUCAUCCAUACACAUAAAGAAGAACAUGGUUGUCUUGAACUUUGCGGCAUUCAAGAUGCAGAAGAGAAACCUAUUCUGCUUUGCUCAUGUAAUGACAACACUGUCCGCUUAUAUGAUUUGCCAUCAUUUACUGAAAGGGGAAGAAUAUUUGCUAAGCAAGAAGUCCGAGCAAUUCAGAUAGGUCCUGCCGGCCUUUUCUUCACAGGCGAUGCAACAGGGCAAUUGACAGUAUGGAAAUUGGCAGGAGAGCCAAUUGCAGUGGCUUCAUGAAAUUGGAAGUAUGAUUUGAACUAACAAAUGCCGCGUAAUUCUUACCACCGAAGAUGAGGUGAAGACCAUUUCAAAGCCAUUAGUGAAGAUUCAGAGAAGUCAAGAGGAAACUGGAAGUAUGCCCCGUAAUAUUUGAAGAUUACUAGCACUGCUGAUGAGGAGGUGAAGAUCAUUUGCAAGUCAGUUUCAAGAUUAAGCUGGAAGCAUGCCCUCCAAAUAUUACUAGUACUGUAUAUUACAAGUCAGUUACAAGAUCAUUUGCAACUUGCAAGCCAUUUGUUUUGAAGAUUAGAGAAGUCAAGAUUUCGUUUAGAGUAGCCCUUAGAUGGUACCCUGCGAGGGUACCCAGGGGCUACACUGUCGUAACCGACUCAGAUUUGUGACAUUUCACUCAGUUGAAUGCAAUUUUAUUUAUCCA